UCCGGUUGUCGGCUUAGCUGACUCUCGUCAUUCUGACUUUUAUUUCGGCCCCUCCCAUAACGUCAGGACGAACGCCCGAACCACAUCUCUUUCUUUCCUUCAAACCUUCGUUUCACUUUUCAUUUUUUCUCCAUUCGCGGGUCGCAUCGAAGGGUCGCUCAACUCACCCCGAUCAACUGCUGUACCCUGCGUCGCCAACGUCAAGGUUCAACCCGCCUAAUUAGUGGUGUUGUCUCUUCGAGCCUUGAUCGACGAUUUUGCCUGGACCUAAAGUUCUGCACAUUAUCCACUCGUCCAGCAACGAGAAUUGACCAAUUCCGAACCGACGCAGUAACUUUUCGAGUUCACUAACAUAAUCUGCCUCGACUGGUCACGACUGAUUCGUACCUUUCGCGAGGCCGACGAAUCCUCCUAAUUCGCAACAUCGCCUGGCUCUGCAGCUCAACUUAUCACCAUGGCGCACCGAGAAUCGGAGAUCAUCCCAUGGGAGUGCCGUGAUGUGGAGGAUCAGGCCAAAGCCUACUACAACCAACCUCUCAGGUCCUCGAAUAAGGCUCUCGCCGAGGAAAAUGCGAAACUGAAGAAGCUGCUCCGAGAAAAUGGCAUCUCUUGGUCCCCUAUAUCCGCCAACUACCAGAACCUCAAGAGUGGUGCCAGGCGGAAGCAAGCUCUUUCCUCAGGAACUCGCUCCUUUCCAUACAUUCCGACAGAAGUCCUGCUGCGCAUUCUCAACUACUCAAUGACUUCGAAGGACACGAUUAUCGACCCUUUGUCGAAACUCACGCGCGAGAACCUCACGGCCGAGGAGAAAAGCCGCGGUAAUCAAGUCGCCAUCCAUUUUUUGGCGACAUGCAAGGCGAUGCACGACGAAGGCAGCCGCAUGUUCUGGAGCCAGAACACUUUCACCUUCACAACUCCGCAAGCUGUCAAGAACUUUGCCGAGUUGGACUUUGGAUUCCGAAAGGACAUCAAGCAUGUCAACUUUCGCAUCGUCGCUCAGUUCUACGACGAUAAGAAGCGAAAACACAAGCUCGAGCGAUCCUACCACCCCUCCCUCAAGAGCGAUAUCAUACUGCGGACGAUUCCUCGAGUGAAGGAACGAAGCUAUGCCCGUGGCGGCUUCCGCGCCUACACCUGGGGUCAAGUGACGGAUUUCCUGCGUGCUCUCCGCCCUCCCUUCGAUCCCAAGCAUGACAGGAAGCUGGUUCGCCCCAAGCUGCUCCCCGGUCUUGACUCGCUCAGAAUUGACUUAGUAAACUUCCUCGACGACUUUCUCCCCAUGCCUGGCAGCGACAUGCACGAUAUCGCAUCCCACGAACUCGGAUGCUCUCUGAACGAGUUGCAAGUCACCGGUCUUCCGAUAGACGAUUCUGGUAGCAAGGUCACCGCAGAGCUUACUGGGCUCCUGCGGGACGAGGGCCUCUUCCUUGCUGGCUUGCCUUCAUUUGUUCAAGUCAAGAACUCCCUGAAGCCUCUGCCGGGCAUCUCGAGCUGCGCGCGUGUUGUUCGGGCUUGGAAGACGGUAAGGGAAAAGAAGGGAUCGGAUUUCCCUGAACUGUACCCGCCUGUUGGGUAUUCUGAUGAUGAGGAUGAUGACUCUGACUCUGAUCCGGAACUCCACACCCAUCCCACUGAGCCUAUCAUGCCUCCUGCUCCUCGAGAGCCAGGUCAUCCCAAGUCUGCACCCAGUCGCCGGGAUUUGACGAUCUGGAAGAAAGUUCCCAAGUCCCGUGAUCAUAGCAGUGACGACGACCGCCAGUGGACUGAGUUCUGCCGCAGUAGUGGCUAUCCCAUGGAGGACAUUGAGGACAUGAUGGGCGACGAUGACGAGCUUGGUAUCUGUCCUUGUUGCGGUGAACCCCAUCCUAGUAUCUUGGACCUCCUCGAUAUGGACUGGGAUGCGGGUUCAUCGUCGUCGGAUGAUAGUGAUUGAAGGAGAUGCCCGACUGAUUUGAGAAGGUGGCAUUUGGUUGGCGUUACUGGAACGAAGCGGCCCGAGCAUGUCUAAUGAUGAAGAGCGACAUGGCUAGGCACCGUU